AUGCAAGCUCUAAAUAAGAACACAACAAACUUUUCAAACUAUUCUAAGAUAUCUGAGUCAUUGAAAGAAGGAAACUUAAAACUGACAUUAAACCCAAUGACAGAUGAGUUUCUAUUUCAAGACAAGAAGAACAAUACUGUCUGUAUAAAUCCAACAAAAGGAACUUUAAACGAGAAACCUAUAAAUGAACUUCUUUUGAAAGCAGAUGUUGACAACAAAGCUGACAAAGAAUAUGUAGACGAUGCAAUAGCAAAAGAAGAAGAAAGAGCUAACAAUGCUUAUGCAACAAAAGAACAUACUCAUCCUGAACUAGCAGACAAAACAUAUGUUGACAAUAAAAUGUCAAGUGAAGUGACAAGAGCUGAAAACGAAUAUUCUAAAAAGACUCAUAUACAUUCUAUAUCUGAAAUAACAGACUUACAAGAAACCUUAAACAGUAAAAGUGCCGUUGGACAUACACAUUCUAUAUCUGAAAUAACAAACUUACAAGAAACCUUAAACAGGAAAAGUGCCGUUGGACAUACACAUUCUAUAUCUGAAAUAACAGACUUAAACGUUAGCCUUGAAAAGAAAGCAAAUAAGACUCAUACACAUACAAGUUUUACAACUGUUGCUAUAGAAAGUAUUGAAGGAACGGUUGAAGAAACUGGUGGGGAUGCAAUAUAUUGUAAACCUCCUAACUUUCCACAAGGUUUAACAUCGGAUGACGACAUAACGACGAUGAAAAACAUUAGAUGUAAAGAUGUUUAUGUCAUGAAGGAUGAACAUAAUAUUAAAUUCACUGCUCAAGAUUUAUAUGACAAGAAAGCAGACAAAACAGAGCUUCAAACAUUAAAGACAGAAAUACUUCAAACAUUAUAUCCUAUAGGCUCUAUUUAUAC